AUGCCAGAACAGACUGACCUUCCAUCCAUUUAUGGAAGCUAUAAUCAGGCUUACCAAGACCCCAAUGUUGAUAUCAUCUACAUCGGAACUCCCCAUGGCUUCCACAAGAAGAACUGUCUCGAUGCUAUUUCGCACGGGAAACACGUGCUAUGCGAGAAGGCUUUUACUCUCAAUGCUAGAGAGGCAAGAGAGGUUCUGGAUGCAGCCAAGAAGAAGGGCGUGUUUAUCAUGGAGGCAAUGUGGACUCGCUUCUUUCCUCUGGUUAAAUCUCUCCAGAAGAUCAUCCAUGAGACAAGGCUGUUGGCGAUGUAG